GCACGUCCCAGUCAGCCUUGUCCCGUAAACAGGGGUCGCUGGUGACACUUCUACUUCCGGGUCACGCUUGAAAGCGGCUGUCGGGAACCACCUAGGCCCGGGUCCGGUGCUGUGGAGCAUGUGAACACACUUGUGAGCCCAAUGAGUUCCAGUAUGUGGUACAUUAUGCAGAGCAUUCAGAGCAAGUACUCACUCUCGGAGCGCCUGAUCCGAACCAUCGCCGCCAUCCGUUCCUUCCCGCAUGAUAACGUGGAGGAUCUGAUCAGAGGGGGAGCCGAUGUGAACUGCAGCCACGGCACGCUGAGGCCCCUGCACUGUGCCUGUAUGGUGUCAGACGCUGACUGUGCAGAGCUGCUCCUGGAGAAAGGGGCUGAGGUGAACGCCCUGGAUGGCUACCACCGAACAGCCUUGCACUAUGCAGCAGAGAAGGAUGAGGCUUGUGUGGAAGUGCUGUUGGAGUACGGUGCAGACCCCAAUGCUCUGGACGGCAACAGAGACACCCCGCUCCACUGGGCGGCCUUUAAGAAUAGUGCUGAGUGCGUCCGGGCCCUCCUGGAGAGCGGGGCCUCUGUGAACGCCCUGGACUACAACAACGACACUCCACUCAGCUGGGCAGCCAUGAAGGGGAAUCUGGAGAGCGUCAGCAUCCUGCUGGAUUAUGGCGCAGAGGUGAGAGUCAUCAACCUCAAGGGUCAGACACCCAUCUCCCGCCUGGUGGCUCUGCUGGUCAGGGGGCUUGGAACAGAGAAAGAGGACGCUUGCUUUGAGCUGCUCCACAGGGCUGUUGGGCACUUUGAACUGAGGAAAAAUGGUGCCAUGCCGCGAGAGGUGGCCAGAGACCAGCAGCUGUGUGAAAAGCUGACCAUUCUGUGCUCAGCCCCAGGAACUCUAAAGACACUGUCUCGCUACGCCGUGCGCCGUAGCCUGGGACUCCAGUACCUGCCGGAGGCAGUGAAGGGCCUUCCGCUGCCGGCUUCUUUGAAGGAGUACCUGCUGCUUCUAGAAUAACCGGGACCAUCCCAGGCAGCUCCAGAACAGCACUUGUUUCUGUUGUGCCGUUUAUAGAUUUCAAGGCAAGGCGUCACAACAGUAACCUACCACCUCCCCUACCCAAAGCAAGCAACCAAACAAAAAAACUCUCACUUUUGUUUUCCGUUUAUUGCUUACUUGGCUUCUUAUAGUGCCCCCUGCAAAACAAGAGGAAAACACCCCCCCCCCCAACCCCCAUUCUCCCCAGCUAAAUCUCUCUGGGAAGAGGGAGAGUAUGAAGAGUGUGUGGGUUCCUUUGGGGGCAUGAUUUAACACUGCAGAGCCCUUCCAGAAAGCUCUUUAUAGAUCUGGGAAGAAGUUUCAGAAAAGCACAAUUCCAGCCCAAAGCAGUUGCACCUCCAGGAUGAAGAUGUGCAGGUGCAGAGUGGUGCUUUGUCAAGCGGCGCUCAGAGGGGACGGGCCCUUCCCUUCAUCUUUGCUGUGGGUGUGCCUAGGGCUAAUGGGAGUUUAGCUGUGUUACUUCAGAAAGAUUAUCUCGCUGCUUGCCACAUGACAGGUAGCAGGGUCUGUGGAGUCCUAAGAAUCCCUGCACUGCUGAGAACUUUCCCUUGAGUGCUUCUAGUGCCUUCGCUCCCUGGCAGCCACUGUGCACACGUGGCCAUGGCAUUUCCAUGUGCUUGUGGCAGCAGAGGGGUUGGGUGACCUGGACCCCUCCCUCUUGGUCACCUUCUUUCCCUGUGGAAAACUCGCUCUGCCGGUGUUCUUUGUCUUGUUUGGGAAUUCUGACCUGGGUGAGAGUUGCAGAGAAUGAGAAAAGAGCAUAGAGAGCAUUGAGAUGGCCCACCUACCCAAACACCGGUUUGGGUGAAUACAUAGCCACUGACACUGCUCCUUUUCAUGUUCCUAAAGGGGAUCCAAUCAUCACUGAUCUUAGAUGUUUGUAUGCAAAUUUGAAGAAACUUUUUUUUUUAAAACCAAUUGAAUGGGAUCUGCUGACACAGCUAAUUUGGAAUAGUGUGGUCUGUUUGUCCUUUGCCGUUGAUGUUUUUUGCCCAUUUAAAAAGAGAAGAAAUAAAUAGUUCUAAAGGCAAGUUUGGUAAUUUCUACAG